AUGAAGUUCGUGCAGGCAGGCGUCGUGCCCUUCGUGGCCCUGCUCCUGCUGCAGCGGCGGCCGGUGGCCGGGCGGGCGCUGCUGGGCACCGGCCCCGACUGCCCCGGACACGGCUUGUGCCGCCACAACGUCCUGGUGCAGACCCAGAAGCAGCUCAAUCAGCUCAACAGCACGGCCCAGGACCUCUUCAGCCUCUAUCUGAAGUGCCAGGGAGAGCCGUUCAGCAGCGAGGCCAACAGACUCUGCAACCCCAGCAGCAUCUUCUUCCCCGCGUUCCGCGUCAACCAGACGAGCGACAGGAAGGAGGUGACGGUGGCCAUGUACAAGCUCUUCGCCUUCCUCAACGCCUCGCUGGGCAACAUCACGCGUGACCAGGAGGAGCUCAACCCCACGGCCAAGGAGCUCCUCGACCGGCUCCAUAACACCACCAAAACCACCCGGGGCCUCAUCUCCAACCUCACCUGCCUCCUCUGCAAGAACUACAACAUCUUCCAAGUGGAUGUCAGCUACGGGGAGAGCUCCAAGGGCAAGAGUGCCUUCAAGAAGAAGCAGCAGGGCUGCCAGGUGCUCAGGAAGUACGUUCAGGUCAUCGCCCAGGCAGCCCAGAUCCUACAUCGUCCCAGCCCGCCAUGAGCGCCCGCCCCAGCUCCUCGGCCUCACACCUCAUC